GCAUCAGAGGCAUUUUACCUGACCGGCUACUCGUUUUUGGCGUCUAUGCUUACGAUGCUCAACAUCUGGGCAGAGGGGAGGAAGGACGCUGACGUAGAAGCUAUGCGAAAACAGCUGCAUCUGCCAGAAAGCCUGAUCGAGGCGAACCGGGCCUACCGUGAGAUCCGGGAUCCUGAAAUGGAGAAGUACUUCUCGGAAUACUACAAGUUCGCUAGUGAGCCCAGACACCAGCAUAGAAUUUGCUCAUUCUGCGGCUAA